AUGGAGUUCGCGGACAAGGACAGCAGGGCCGAGGAACACGGCGCCACCUGGUUAGCCCCAUUGCCCCCUCUCCCCCCGACCCCCAUCUUCGGCCGCGCGGGCCUUGAGAUCAACGACCCGCAGUCGAAAAUCUACGGCUGGGAGGAGUCCCGCGUGGCCCAGGCGCUGCGGAACCACGCGAGCGGGCGCAUCAACGCCAAGCGCCUCUCUGUCUGGGUGUUCACGCUGAAGGACUUCGGGCCGUGGUUCAUCAACGAGGUGCUCGCGAAGGUCCUGCCAACUCUCCGCCGCAACGGCGUGCUCUGGAUCGGCAAGACCAAGGUGGGGAAGUCGACGGCGUCGAAGACACUUGCGUUCUUGAUGUCCAUGCUCGAGAUCGAUGCCCUUGAGGGCGAUGACAGGGAGGGCGCACCUGAGCCUUCAGUUGUCACCGCCAAGCACUUUGAUUUCUUCAAGGGCGAGCCAGUGGAGAGGGUGCUGCCUCUGGGCCUGGCGUCAAACUGGCUCCCAUUCUUCGACUGCAUGGUCAUGUGUUCCCAGGAGUACCCGCACUUGAAGAUCGUCCACGAGCUCGGCAAGCAGCACAACGUCGCGGGCCCCUGGAUGGAGAAGUUCCAGGAUGCCGCCGCGCCUUACAUCGCCGACAAGAUCCCCCUCCCGAAGCUGCACGAGGCCUUCAAGAAACGGGCCAAGGCUGACGAGGUCUUCCUGAACAAGUCCAAGGUCAGCCGCCUCGCGCCAGGCACCCGCCCCAAGAAGCAGGAGAUGGUGACGAAUUUCGACACGUUGGGCCUCCGCAAGGGCAUGGUCGUCGCCACGGACGGGUGGAAGGCCACGAUCGCCACCAUCAGGCAAAUCAAGGACAGGGAUGGAUGGUCGGACAGGGACCUGAAGCACGAUAUUGUCGUCCACUCCAAGGGGGAGGUCAAGAACCAGCGCGGCUUUACGACGAACCACAUCGAGAACCGUUGGUCGGUCCUCAAGAGGUGGCUCAAGAAGCGCCUUGGCGGUCGCCUGCCGACUACCUCGGAUCGGCGGAAGUGGGCCCGCUGGGUGACGGAGUUCCAGUACAGGAAGAACGUCACAAAGACGCUCUCGGUCGAUGGCGGCAACACCUACUCCCUGCCGACGAAGGCGUUCCUCUCCCACGUGGCGGAGGUCACGCUGGCUGGGGGGCUUUGA